ACCCAUUAAACGUGUAACUGAAACGAAGUCCCUAGGUAUUCUAAUUGAUCAAUUUUUAUCUUGGGAUAGUCAUUUAGAUGAAUUAUGUAAAAAGGUAGCAGCUGGAAUUGGGGCUAUAAAACGACUAAGGCCAUAUUUUAACCGUCUCACUCUCCUAUCCGUCUAUUAUGCUCUGGUUCAACCGUAUUUUGACUAUUGCUAUCUUGUGUGGGAUCCAAUUGGUACCACGCUUACAAAUCGAUUACAAGUACUCCAAAAUAGGGCAGCAAGGGUCAUCUUAGGAUAUAGAAAUGAGCAUGGUCAGUCUGAAGCCGCUUUGUCUGAAUUGAAAUUGAAAACGUUAAAAGAACGCAGAUUAAUCUUUAGGGGCAAGUUUAUGUACAAAAUUGCUCAUGCGCAAGCACCACCUGUUUUAACCGAUAUCUUUGAAGACUCAUCUGCUCCUCAACAUAAUUACAAUUUAAGAGACCAUGAUUUCAAGUUUUACUUACCAAAACCAAAAACAGAAUACUUGAAAAAUAGCAUCCGGUAUAGUGGAGCAAAACUCUGGAAUAGCUUACCUUGCGAGUUAAGAAGCGCAAAUUCAUUAAAUCUAUUCAAUUCGUUGAUUUCUGAUACUAGCCUGCAGUCUUAAAUCUAUUUGCUGCCGAAGGCAGCACUCCUAAUCUUGCUCCAGAGUUCACUCGACCCAGUCUUUCGCGCCGAUCUUGUGUCUGUCCAUAUUUAAGAUGUCGUAAUUCCGGGGGGACACCGGGGGGAGUGCGAGAAAAAUAUUGAAUUGCGUGCACAUAAUUUGCAAGCUUUUUAUUCUGGAUCUGACUUGAUGCAAAAUAUACGAACACUUCCCGAAGAAACCAAGUAACUAUGGCUUUAUUUAUUUGUGUUAAUAGCCAUCAAGGCGAUGAACUGUUUAGCGUUCGAAAAUUCUAGAGGCAAGAGAUGUGCUUUAACUGAUUAUGAGUUUAUUGUUAUGUGCAAGCCAGCCAAAACCAUGAGUAUAUAUAGUGUUCAGUUUGUAGAUGUUUAUAGUUUGAAAAUAAACGCGGAAUGUUGUUUAAUCAGGCUUACUGUAAUAAGAUUCCUAGAGCAACCCAAUGUGGAUUGUUGUCUGCAGCACGGUCUGCACAUAUUGACUUUUAUAAUAUAUAAACACCAGCUAGCAAUUUAAUACAUGUAAUAGUAUGUCAACUGACUGUCGGAAUGCUCUACUAAAAGGGCCGUCCUUCACGACAAUUCACUGUGUUUUUAAUCGCCAAAUUAUUUGAUUUUAUUUCGUAUGUUGUAUUAUGUUUACACACCUAUUUCUCUCUCGCUCGCAAUGUACUCUGUUGUUUUUGCUAAAUGUCAAUCAUAUAGUAAUUAUGUCCUUAUAUGGUGUUCAUAUCUAGUGUUUAUUCAUAACCUAUUUAUAGUCUGUUUCCAACAUGAUUUUUGUACAGGUAUAAGACAUGACUGUCUGUUUAUAUAUAUUAUAUAUCUUUCUUUGAGGCCUCUGAGAUAUGUCCAUUAAUUGUUAGCAUAAUAUGAACACAAAAGCAAAUGCUACGAUACGUUAAGACGAAGUGGAAAACUGGCUUUAGUAUCUUUAUAGACUUUAUACAAACAUUGUACAGUAUUCAGUGGUAAGCAAGCCGUGGCAACUGACCAUGCUAUGCUAAUAAACCUGCAUCUAUUUGAACAAUGCAAAUCAUUAAAAACUUGCAUAGCAUGACCUGUUGCUAUGGCCAGCUUCACCACUGACAGUAUUAUGAUUUAUAUACAUACAAAAGCAAGAAGUUAUAAGCAUUGAAGAUAUUCAUAUAAAACCGCCCAUGGCCCAUGCAAAGAAAGUAGAAUUAGAACAUUUAGCCGCCUUCGACUUUGUGCAAGGUGUUUGAUAUUCAAAUUGCACUUUUCAUACCUCCUGAACAGGAGUUUUGGGGGCUGUUUCCAUGAUGGAAGGCAAUGAUUUUGAUGUAUUGAAAUAUUAGUCACCAUGUAAAUGAACUUCAAAUGCUGGUUAACAGAACUCAAAUGUUGUAGAGAAGAUCGCGUGGUUCAAGAAAGUUAUUAUGUUUGAACAACCUUUUGUUUAUAGUUAACUAUAGUCCAUCCAUCUAUAGAAAAUAAUGAAGUUUUUUGCUGGCAGGGACGUCGUGAAGAUAUCAGCAUUGGGGGGAGGGGGUCGUCAUGUUUUGACCAACUUUUCCUAGAAUUUUGACCAAGUUUCGACCAAAAUAAGCAAGGCUUGCAAUUGUUCAGUCAGCGCAAACAUGACCAAAGCUUAGAAAUUGUUAACAUUGCGAACGAUAUCAUAACUAUGAUAGUCUUUUAUCUCAAACUUUGACCGAAUCUUACCAACUUUGACCUUCAAUUAUUUUAAACAAAUAUUAGUUCCAUUUUGACCAACUUUCACCAACAUUUAGAAUUAUUGGGGGGGGGGAUGUUACACCCUCCACACACACCCUGUAGCGACGUCCCUGUUUGCUGAAUCAUGCACCGUGAUUUAAUUCAGUAUAUCGAAAUCAUCCUGCCUCAUAUCUCGUCCUAGUGGGAUCAUAUAAACAGGACCCUUAUUCAGCAAAUUGCUAAUGCUGCCUUCAUCCCUUGGGGGUGAGGCAGCAUUUUCCUUGCGAUAGUAACUUCUAGUAUUAUAUCUUUAUUUAACCAUGAUUUAACUAAUUGUAAAAUUUAAUAUGUAAGUGUAUAACUAUUGUAUAUAUUUUAUCAUCACGCCCCUCUUGGAAAUCAGCAAAUGCUGAAGGGGUUAUAGCGUGUUUAAAUAAAGCUUUAUCUACAAUCUGCAUAAUAAUAUACAACUAUAUGCAGCUAUAAAAACGAACCAGAAAGUACUUACCCUGCAUCAUGUGGCAUGCAACACCGGCAUAAUUAUAAUCUAGUUAGCGACGUGGUUUUGUUUUCACCUUUGGACGGCUUAGUUUUAUAUCAACUAUAUAGUCAUAUGGUUUUUUAUACUGAAAUUUUUAGCUCAAAUGACAUAGUUUUAUAAAUUUAAAGGAUAUCUAUAACUAGUUGCUGCUCACUGUACAAACUCUUUAUGAUCACGUUUAAGGUGGCUCCCAACAGUUUUCUAAAAUUUUAGGUUCCAGGAAAGUUCAAGAGCUGUAUACUGUCCAUUUAUGAACAAAUAAAAACAGUAUACAGCUAUUUCAAUUAAGGUUGUCCACAAGAAAAGCGGAAAAGUCGAAUACGAGCGCGAAAGGCUGCUGCAUGGGAAUCCCUAAAGAAUUAAUGAAUUUUCAUAGCGAUUCCCAGCAGCCUUUCGCGCUCGUAUUCGACUUUUCCGCUUUGCUCGUGGACAACCUUAAUUGAAAUAUCUGUAUGCGUUUAGGUAAGGUUUAAUUGAAAAGAAAAUUGAAAAACAAAUAUACUUAAUCAAUAUGACAGCCGACAAGCAUAAACAUUCAUAUUUUUCCGCUUGAUAAGAUAUAUGAUAAAGGCCGAUUUACACCACACAACUUUUGCCUAAAACUGUCGCAUGCACCAGCUCACACGUAUAUUCUUAAUUUUAGUUGUUUAUUUUCCAAUCAAGUACAGCUUAUUUCGUUUUAGAUAUGCAUUAUAUGUCAUGAGUCGCAGUUCACAUUAUGUAUAUACACGCGUAAAAAUUGAGAAAAUCGACAACUUUUUUGUUCCAGAUUGAUAUCAACAGGCGUGAACAAGGUUGUGCGGCCCACUAUGAACAGUAUUGUCAACAUGUUGUUGCAGCAUGCAUUGUUCAACUGUAACAACUUGGGACAAAAUGGUUGACAACUUGUUCAUAGUUGGCCGCACAACAUUGUUCACGCCUGUCGAUAUCAACUUGGAACAACCUGUGCGUUUUUAGCCGUGUAUAGUUUAGGUACAGUUUGGUUUAUGUAUACUAUAUCAAGUAUAGUUUGAUGUUCAUCCAAACUUAGUAAAAUCAUUACUGUGUUUAUAUAAUUUAUUACACUUAAUACAGCUCAACCGUGAAAUUUAGGCAAUUAAACACCCAAGAUACACUGAAUCAAUGCAGGUUCAACUUGACAAAUGAGAAUGGUUCCUAAAUAAAACCAUUUAGAAUGAAUGUUCUGUGGCUAUAGGUAUAUUGGCAGGAAUAUGCUUGAUAUUACCAUUGUAAAUGCAAUCUGUGUUUGAUACUCAACGAGGAUAUAUUUUCUCAAAUUUGGACCCUUUUGCAGGGUAUAAGGAGCAAUUAUUAGCUACUGUAAUACUAUCAACAGCUCACUAAUUAAGGAAACAAAUCUAAACACUAAGCCAGGAAGCCGAUUGUUUUGUCUAGAUAUAAGAACCAGUUAAGAACCAACUCAACCUAAUUUCUCACUAAGUACAUACUGAAAAAUAGUUGGGUUCUUUUAUGUGGGUUUUUACUGUAUUGCCGACCUGGGAAAUUAUUUGAAUAACUAGUUUGCCAGAGCGGUUUCGUCAAGAGAGGAAUUACAAAGACUGCAAAUGCACUUACCACAAAAUGAGAUGCUACAAGCUAAGAAAAGCCAUUUCAACAUCUUGGAAGAUGAUCAACAAGACUUUUCUAUAUAGUCUCCGCCAAAUUCCUCGUUGGACCACAAGACCAGCGUGAUACUAAAAGAGGCAGGGCCGUACGCAUAAUAUGUUGAAUGAAAUAAGUAUACCCAAAUGUGAAUGCAUUUCAAGGUCAUAUCAGUUAAUUAGAUGCAUCCUUGUAGAGUCCAAUACAGAAUGAUACAUUCAGAUUCUGCAAUAUAAGCUAAAAUCCUUUCGAUAAUUACGUCAUUUGGCCAGGGAGCCUCGCUCUCAUGAAUCGUGAGCCAAUCACCUUGCGUAAUUCACUAAUGAGAGCGAGGCUCCAAGACCAAAAAGUAUGUUUGACGUAAUUAUCGAAAGGGUGUAUUGCUAGGGUCUCGACUGCGCAUCUAAUUAAAAAUUACGCAUUCUGAGAAAUUGUAGUUAGUUCUAGAUCAGUGCAUGCCUGCAUGGAAGCAUUAAAUAUAUGUAUAUUCAAUUAUUAUUUGUAUUUCAUCUGUAGCCACAAUAGAACUGUCAUUAAAUAAUUUUUGUACUUGUAUAUUUUGUCUUCUGUCUAAAACAAAAAGGUAUGUACAUGUACACUUAUAUUUUCUCAUUUAAUUAAAGCGUGUCAACCGUUCCGAAACUAAUUGUUUGAACAUAAAGCCAUAAUGUUGAACAACUGAAUACUUUCAUUUGCAUUUUCUAAUUCUAGAGAGGGGGAGGGGUGCAGUUGCCCAUAAACAGUGAACCAAUUCAGGUUGACAAAUAUAGACUGGUUCCUAAAAACAUUUAGAAUGCAUGUUCUUCUGUCACACACACAAACACACACCAUAAGCGUGCAUGAUCAGGAUUCAUAAUUAACAAUCAAAAUAAUAUAGAAAACAAAAACCGAAAAAUGAAAACAUCUUGAGAAACCCAAUAUAUAGACCAAAAUUAGGAAGCUAAAUUACCAUUUACUACCGGGUGUCCCAAAAAAAAGUACUCCGGUUUGAUUCGUAAUAACGUCUAAACAAGUAAAGCUUUUAAAGAGAAAUAACUUGCAUCAAAUAAAGAAAAGAUUAACUUAGAUUUUGAUAUAUUACAAUUGUAUUUCACUUAAAAAUUCACGGAGAUAUUAAUGUUUAAAAUCGGAAACAUAUUUCUGGAUGUGUCUGAAAUAUGCAAAAAACGGCGUAUCAAAUAUUAAUCAAGAUUUGCCCGACUGAAACAUGCACUAUUACCAGUAAAUAAAUGACACUUGACAAAUUGUUUAUUAUGAAACAAGGUAUUAUUAUAUCUACAAAAUACAAGAAAGAUUUAUUCGUCCGAAAUCCGCAUGUGUUCCUAGCACGAAUAUAUACGUUUCCUUAUUUCAUGAGACCACUGCAUCGCGAAGGAUCGUCAUGGAUCGUUCGUAGUUCAGAAUUAGGGCAUGCUGUCACAAUGGAAUUGUGAAGCUCUUCUAACUUCUGCAACGUUCUGAAAUCUUGUUAAGAACACCCAAACUCUUUUGCCUUUUCUUAAUCUUGGCAAGUUCAGAAUAAACUGAGAAUGAAACACAAUCAAACCAUACAACUCCAUAAGACAUAACAAUUAAGCAUGCAACUCCCUAGAGAUUAUCCAACAUUUUUGGAACAAAACGUACGGUAACAAAAUAGUAGCGUUGAUACUGUGAUGUGUAUUUGCAAAAAGCAAUAUUAUUUCCUUCAUUGCAGAAUGAUAUUCAUCCUGCUCUAACCGAGAAAUAAUCAACUCUGUUUUGAGACCAUGAAAAACAUAAAAAAAUUAGGCUAAGAAAAAUUCUUUCAUGUACCUUAUAAAUUUGUAAAGUUUGUAAAGACCUUUUAAAUACUUGCAUAAUUUCGUACGUUCAUAUUUCAGGAAACAAUGAGCUAAGACUUACAUGUAAGAAGUCUAAAUCUACGCCAUAUCCCUUACAAACCCUAACGACAUUUCGCUGAAAUACAAGUUAGCCUGAUAUGUCAUGAAGCAAACAAAUGCUGAAGUUAAUAUUUGAUAUGCCGAUUUUCGCUAAUUUUAGACACAUCCCAAAAUAUGCUCCCGAUUUUGAACAUUAAUACCUCCGUGAAUUUUUAAGUAAAAUACAACUGUAACAUAUCAAAAUCUAAGUUAGUCCUUCCUCUAUUUAAUGCAAGUUAUUUCUGUUUGAUAGCUUUACUUGUUUAGAAGUUAUUAUAAAUCAAACCGGAGUACUUUUUUUGGGACACCUAGUAUAAAAGUUUGUAUUUGCACUGAUGAAUAUAUUGAUCCUGUUCCUAUCUGCUGUUCCUGUUUCAUAGCCUCAGGGAAGUAGAGUUCUGAUGAGUCAUGAGAACCCCACUCAUCAACCCAGAGGGAAGGCAGGGGGUUUUGAAAGCUCCCUGUCUAGCAUCCCCACUAGGCCCCAUACAUAGUACAUGACGGAUAUGAUGAUCCUGACGCUAGGAAUGUUCUCCCGGAUUUUGCUCCUCACUGACAUGUCCGGGAUCCAUUUCGAUCAACUGUGAGCUUGAGUUCAUUCGACUCUUUUUUACUAAAGGGAAUGCUUCAGGAGGUAGUUUCCUGGCCAUAUCAAUACAUAUGCCCAUAUACAAAUAACUCAAAAGUUAUCCCCAUAUACUAAUAAAGAAGGGUCUUGCAGUCCACCACCAACCUUGAGAGGUUGAUUGCCUUCUAGUAUAUGCAGGUUUGCUAAAGGUCGACAGUGAGAUUGAAAAUUAUUGGAGUGUAAAAACCUUAUAUCAUGGUCUGUGGGCAAUAGAAAUAAUUUCUCGGGUUAGGUACAAAGCGCUUAUGGCAUUUGUGAAUAUGGUAGAUCCUGUACUAAAGACUACAGCAAUAAACUGCAUCAACAACUGUACCAGCCAUCACAGAAUAUUGUUGUUGCAGACAAACACACUGUCAAAUCAAGAAAUAGGUUGGGGUUUAGGCAGUUCAUGAAAGCUAGAUGACAUACUAUGUGGGGAAUAAAUCUGUGGGUUGCUGCAGACAAUCCUAAUGGUUAUAUUGCAAAUAUAACUUUGAAAUUUAUACAGGAAGAAAUCCAGAUAUUCAUCGCAACAGAUUUGGGUAUGACGUGGUGAUCUGAUAUCAGUUUGGUUACAGUUUUAGGUCUUUUGUAGUACAAUAUAAAGGAUAUAUUUUCACCACAUAAUCCAAUUAUGUGCUUUGGCAAACAUUACUGCUUUAGCAAACAUUACUGCCUUGGAAAACAUUACUUUUUUAUAACUACUAAUUAUGAUGAUGCCAGCCCAACAACACUUGGUCAUGCUAUUUGCAAAUAUUUUCAUGUUCUAGAUUGUGAAAACAAUCAAUUUCUAAACAAAUGAGUAGUGAUUAUUUAAAAUUUGAAUAGCAUGACCAAAUUUUGAGGCUGGUUAUGCCACUAAUAACUAAAGUGAAUGGUGUAAUGAUUAUCUAAGAACAUAUGUAGUAAUUGUAGAAAUAAAGACAUUUUGCUAAUCAUGAUUUGAGUGUUCAUUUGUGGGUAUCACAGACUUAUUUUGGUGCCACACUGUCUUUGGAGAGUAAGAAAUAUUGGAAAUUUGUAUUGAUAACAUGUUGCAGCAAAAAAAAAGGACCUUUGAUAAAGGUAUUUGUUUCAUGUGAGCACAAAAUGUAAAUUUUACUCCACUACCUAGUUUAUAUAAAAAUUUAAUAAAAAUAUUUCUAUUUAUUCUACAUGCAUGAAACUUCGGGUACUUGUAGAUCAUAACCGUCUCUUUCAGUCAUAUUCAUAAAAUUAUUUGACAUAUUUGAAAUUUGAACCGCUAAAUACAUUUUAUGCAUAAUUGCAACAUUUUUUUAUAUCAUAAUUUAUGCAAAUUUAUGCGAGUAAAUCGUUAACCAAGCUCCAGAUGAAAUUGGUAUCGUUGGAAAGCAGAAGUCCUCCUCUUUCGAACGAUGCAAUUUCUGUUUCCGUGCGAUGUAUAGUUUGAGAGAUAUAAGCGUUUGAAACAAUGCCACUCGAAAUUGCUACUUUUCGACCAGAUGGGAAUGAGUUAAUGAAGUUAGUCAAUGGAGUUUUUAAACCAGUUAAAGGAAAGGCGAUGAUGGUUCGUGUCCUUUCAGAUAUUCGUAAGGUACCAUUGUUAAGCCAAGCACUUGAAAAGCAUUCACCACAUGACCGAAGUUUUGAUCCAAACGAAGACUACACUCUCGCCUAUCCUGAUGGCACUGAAGUUCUCGCGUUACCUGGACAACCUGCUCAAAUAUUUCAGCUGGACAAGUACAAGGAAGACGUUGGUAAAAGCUUUAACCGCAUAACAUUGUACCUUAUACAGAGAGAUCUUUUGAACAAUGAUGGUGGAAAUGAAAGUGACGACUGUGAGUUCAGCAGCGAGUCUGUUCACUCUGUUACUUCAGAGGAACCUUGUACUUCUGCGGGAAGUGCCACCAAUAACACAUCAAAGGUAUCUGUCAAUGACCCUAAUUAUUGAAUUGUUUUAAGUAUAUAUUGUUUUAAAUACUGUAGUUGGCAAUAUUAAAAAAUUCCACGAUAUUCCAUUUAAUAUAUGUACCCCCUCCUCCCCCUGCUAUAUAAAAGAGCCUGAAGGGAUAAGAUGAUCUUUUGCCCUGGAAUUCCUCAGUGAUACGAAGGCAGGAAUGUCGCUAUAGGGGGGUGGGUGGACGUGGGGGGGGGGGUGUAACACCCCCCAAUAGCGGUGUAUUAAACACCCCCCAAUAAUUCAAACAUUGGUCAAAUUUGGUCAAAAUGGAACUGAUAUUUGCCCAAAGUUGAUCAAAAUGGAACUGAUAUUUGCUUAAUUAAAAUUGAAGGUAAUUUGGUGAAAGUUUUGUAAAAAAGAUGGUCGAAGUUGUUAAAAGUUAUGAAAUGGUUCGCACUUUUAACAAUUUUAAAGCUUCAGUUACGUUUGCGGUGAAAAAGUCGGAAGCAUUGCUUAUAUUGGUCGAAAAAUUUUGAAUAUGCUUAUAAUAGUCCGGAAAAUUUUUCCGACUAUAUUAGUACGGAAAAUAUUUUUGACCUCCCCCCCUAGGAAAAGUUGGUCAAAACAUGACGACCCCCCCCCCAAUGUUGAUGGCUUCGCGACGUCCCUGUAUGAAGGGACCAAUCAUAAAGUACAGGGGGGGGGCUGGAAAAAAACAGGGUGUGGGUCAUCCAAUUUUGAACAUCAGAAAGGGGUGGGUCAUUUAAAAUUUAACAACAGUUUGGGGGUGGGUCAUAGUAAAAUGUGCUUGAUUAAUAUAUAGGUUUCAAAAGGUAUAGAGAUCAUUAUUAAAUAUUAUCUUUACAAAGCAUGGCUGGAAAAAUGUCAAUGAAGAAAUACAAUAUGUAUUAAACACAAGAUUCCGGAUAAUAAAUAGUUGGAUUUAAUCAUGGUUAUUUUAUCACAGACAACAAAUAAAAGAUAUUCUUAAUAUUUUAUAAAUUAUGAAGGGUUAUCCACGAGUUUUUCGUCAUUAAAUUAGUGUGUACUACUUGUUGGCUACAUCAUGUAUUACACAAUAGAAAGAACACAAAGGAAGUGAAGAGAAAGAGAGACUUGGAGCAAGUAUAUUUGAAGCAAAUUUUCAAUGCAAGGGUUGGUCAUCAAUUUUUAUGCAAGGGCAAAAGAGUGGGCCAUCAAUAAUUAUGCCUAACUUGUGGGAUGGGUCUUCAAGAAAUAUGUUUUUAAAAAUUUUAAUUUUCCAGCCCCCUCCCUGUACUUUAUGACCGUCUCUAAGGUACAUUGUAUUUUGAUUGUAUAUCUUCUGGGGUGAAGUACAUGCAGCCUGCUUGCAGCCCGAAAUUUCGUCCUAAUUGUCUGCCUUCAAAUUUUAGGGGGGGGAGGGGCUACUGAGCAGGCUGUUAUAAGUAUGUGUAAAAACACUAAAUUCUUCAGGGGUUCUGUUUUAUUAGGAAGUCUUCACUACAUCACAGGUGUUUGUUGUGGGUCAUGUCAUUCUGAUCCUAGUUAAUUAACCCCAUAGAAGGAAUUAUUCAGUUUUUAAUGGAAAUUAGCCCAAUGACAAUUCAUGAAGGAGCGAUCCUUUAAGUCAAAAUGUAUGUGCUCUCCACCCAAUUUGUUAAGUAGAAGAGCUUGGAUUUUUAAUAUUAUACUGUAGCAUAUUUCAACUAAUUAAUUGAAAUCUCAAAGUUGAGUAAUUGAAUGGUAAAAAAAUAUUUGGUGCAGUUUUAUCAUGGUAUUGCCAUACAUUUAGUAUGGCUAUAUUUUGGUUGUACAGUACUGAACACAUAUUUGAUCAGAUUAAUUGUAAAUAGUGAUGUUUAAUCAUCUAUAGGAUAUCCUGCUUCAGUCAUCAUGCAAUUUGAGAAAUUCGGAAACAUCUAAUUCAUAACCUGUAAGCUCACAACAGAAUGGCCGUUUAUCUACAUGUAGCAGUGUGGUAGCCAGACAUUCCACUAGCAGAAAUUAUGCAUCAGGAUCUUUUAGGUAAAUUACUAAUUAAUAUAUAUUUUAUUUAACAACAUAAGUACAGUCCUUGCAUCUAUAAGGAUGAACGGUACUGAUAAAAACAUUGUCUUCUCACAUGAUUUAAAUUGUGACAGCAAAUCAGUAAUAUAGCUACAGUUGGUACUAUAUUAAGGUUAUAUAAAAAAAUGAUGCAACUAAAUUGAAAAUAGACGAAAUUUUUAAUUAAUGUAUUGACUUUUAGUGAGGGCCAGUUUAAUAUCUGCAUGAUGUGGUUCUGGUUUCAUAUGCUGAUUGAAACAUAUGUUAAAAUAUAGGGUUGACAUAUUGAAAUUCAGUCCAAUUAGGUGUACAUACAAUGUAUAAUGAUAAUCAGAUAUAAUGAUCACAAUUUCACAAAUCAAAUAAAUAAACGUUCUGAGAUUUGAUUUUGCAUGUUCGUAUCUGAUUUCUAACCCCUUUUCUUCAGUAUUUAGUCCUUGCAUAUGUCCUUGAAUUUCACUCUUCCUCACUUGUACGAACCCUGUUUAAAAUCUCACAGCCACGCGUAUAUAGUUGCAUCAUUUUAUAACAUUCUGUUAAAUUUUUAGUGCUGAGGAAAACUAAAAUUAAACUGUACUCGAUUGUGAAAUCAUCGCUCUAGUAAUAUUUCGUUGGUUUGCUAGUGGCCAGAAAGGUUAAUGUAUUACGUAGUUGCAUCUUUCCGCAGAGUUUUGUCACGCAAUAUUGCAAAUUAUAUUGAUCAACUGAUUGCUCUAGCAAAUUGCAACAGACGCGAACAAAUUGCAAUUUUUACAUACUAAAGUAACAGUAUUAAACCGUCAAAUGCAAAAUUCAAAAAUUUAUAAAUAAAGUCUGAAUGGCUACUAGUACAAAACAGUCCAAUAAAAUGCUUGGCAUCAACCUCUCGACGCGACCUCUCGAUCGACAAAUUGUCAACAUGUAAAAAUUGCAAUUUGUUCGCGUCGGUUGAAAUUUGCUAGAGCAAUCUGCCGAUCAACAAUGGCAUUGCGUGACAAUAUUCCAAUGUUGCCGGCAACAUACGGAACACCAAAUUUGACGUAAAAGUAUUUUUCUUUAAAUUGUAGUUGUGAGGCUGACUAUACAUCCGCAGAAAGUACACAAGCAUCUACAAGUAGUGAAGUUCUGGAUGUACUGAGCACACCCAAAUCUUCUAACAAAGUUGUAUGCGAUUUAGACGAAAUUUAAGCCACGUUGCUGUUUGACGAAAUAAAUUCCGAUAGUAGAAACUAAUGGAGAUGACGUUAUUCAUGACGACAUUGAGGAGAAAAUCACAUUGAAGGAAAUACUAUCGAAUCUUGCAGAAGCAACGUCCUAUGAUCAAAUUUCAAUCUUCAACUUAAGUCGAAAUCAUAUAUGGGAAGGUACCAAAAGGGCGAUGAACAGAAAGUCGUUUAGUCCUGUGAAUAAGUUAUCAGUAAAGUUUACGGACGACAUCGGUCAGUCAGAAGGAGCUGUGGACAUGGGAGGUCCAGGGAGGGAAUUCUUUACCCUUAUCACAGAAUGGCUGGUUAAUUCGCGACUUUUCUUCGGUGGAAUAUCGUCAAAGUUCCUGUCGUUAAAUGCAACCUGCUUAGAAGAACGGGAGUACUUCAUGGCCGGACAGAUUUUCGCCAUGGCACUUGUACAUGGUGGUCCAGGUGUCAAUUGUCUCUCAAGUUCAUGUUACGAUGCGAUUGUUAAUGAAUCGGGAACGCAGAACCUCAGUGCAACACUUGAUGAUAUUCCUGAUUUUGAGAUGAGAGAAUCGCUUGGCAAGUUAUUACAAACUCCUUGUGUGGAUGCUGCUCGGAAAAUCAUUAGCGACGAAAAAUUGGAUACCAUAUUUGACAUGGCAGGCACGUUGCAGAUUAUUAGAAUUAAGGCCGAUGUUGACAAGAUAGUCCAGCGCACCAUCAACUGGUAUGUGUUGGGGAGAAGUCAACCAGCAUACUACAGCUUCAAGGAAGGCUUGCGAGCCUUAGGUGUGCUCGAAGCCAUGUUGAAAUACUCAAAUUUGUUCAGAGAAACAUUUUGUUACAAUUCAGAACCGUUAACCGUUGGCAUGAUAAUGUCUGUUUUCAAAGUGAAGCGUGCAGAAGAAGGUUCAAAUAGAAGAAAUGUCGAAUUUCUAGUCCUGUCGCACUGGAACGACUUCCUGCAAGACGCCGAAGAAGACCCCACACAAAUCAACCUCUCGGAAAUUUUGUUCUUUGCAUCCGGUUGCAAAAUCUUUCCUCCCCAAGGCUUACAUUGUGAAUUACAAUUUCUGCACGAAACUGAAACAGAUGGAAAGUUAUCCAAGUUUCCUAAAGCUAACACGUGCAAUCUGCCGGUUGUUCAUGGUGAUUACGAAAGCUUCAAGAACGCCGUAGUGUUCGGCAUUAAAAAUGCUCGUGGAUUUGGCUGUGCAUGA